AUGGGUUUUGCGCAGCUGUACAUCGUUCACAUGGGAGAGAAGCACCACGAGGACCCCGACGUCGUCACGUCUCUGCACCAUGACACUCUCUGUUCCAUUUUGGGAAGGUUUGCGCGCCGUUACAUCAUUUAUUUGCUAUCCUUGGUCGUGUUACUCAUUGAUCUCAUUGCUAAUUGAACGUGGAUUCUCAGGCUUCGCUUCGAUGCUUACAAACUCUCAAGUAAAGAAACUCGCAGGUAACAUUUGUAUAAGGUCAUGCUGGAUUUAAUUUCAAUGUGGAUAAAUAUGUAUAAUUAUGGCUAUCAUUAAGUGAAUACCCAUUAAAGUGAUUCAUAAAAGUUUCAAUAUUUACAAUUAUGAUAUCUAUAUAAAUAUAAUUAUGUGUAGAGACCAGGUUCUGUUCUAAUUUUAUGAUGGGUUAAAUUAAAAAAGGAUGUCAAAAUAAAAAUCCCUCAAAGUCUUUUAGGCAAGAGAAAGCUUUGGAUGUUGUAGUUAUAAGACUUUGGGGGAUGGGUUAUGUUGGAGUUGAUGAAGAGGAAUCUGUAAAUUUACUCAUACUUUCCUUCGUACAAGUGAUUCAUAUAAAUCUUCUAGAGAAAGCUCUUUUGUCCCAUAAAAUAAAAUAUCACGGAAGCUUGAAUAAGAUGGCGGAAGUGACAUAAGUUGUAGGGAACAUAGGUCUUUGUCCAUAUGGUAUUAGCAUCUAGAGCCUCUAGCUCUGCGAGUAUAUUUUAAAUAGGUCAAGAUGAGACUAUAAUGGAGUACCUUCUGACAUAUGAAGACCAAAUAAUAGCUGCUUGGCUAAGUUUCGUCGAGUGAUGGUUUUAGCCAUACAUAACUCUUUGAGCUUCUGCCAUAAUUUAUAAGCCUCGGUCUCCUUCUUGAUGUCACGUAGGAUGUCAUUUGAAAGAUGUAAUUAGAUCUGGGUUAAGGCCUUGCGGUUGACCCAUUUUUUCUUAUCCUCAUCCCAUGAUUGUGGCAUUGUGGGAAAGAGGGCAUCCUCUAGAUUGAGCUGGCCCAAAACGGCCCACAUCUUGAUUUGCCAUGAUAUAAAACUUGUCUUCCUAUCGAGUUGAUGAAGCUCCGCCUUCGUUGAUGCCAUGAGACCUUUAAACUAGCUCUGAUACUAGUUACAAGAAUAGAGUAGAUGUGUUAAAGGUCCGCAGAAGCGAUCACGAGAAGAAGAUAAAAAGGCAAUCUCAAUAAAUGAGGAUCAACGAAAGGAUGAUUGGUCUUCGACGAAAGGAAAUCUCCUGAUUGGUCUUCGACGCGCCUCCUUUGAACACUUGUCUAGAUCCCAAGCAUCCCUUUUAAAUAAAUGAGGAUAAUGGUCUCUCGGUCACUAAUGAAGUGCGUCAUCUAGAGGACUGAACCAAAGGAUGAUUGGUGACAUAUGAAUCGAUCCGCGCUCCAGAUCGGGAUAAGCUGGCUGCGGAUCGCGGCGGGUCAUCUCGUGGCAGGGACGGGCUGGUGCAAGUGUAUUUGUGACGCCCCCAACAUUGAGGAGGGGGUUCCAUCUCCAUCCAGCCCGUCCUCCACAGGGAUCAGACCAGCGGAACCGUGCCGUCGAACUCCCUUCUCUGGCGGAUCAUGGCCAGUUCAGGGUGACCUCGGCUUCCCCGAUGACUACUCCGAUGGGACCAUCUCCGUCCCGGAGGUCCACAGCGGCAUCCUCAAGACGUCGGAGAAGGUCGCGGAGAAGGGCUUUUGGCAGGCCCGGAAGACUUGGUCUUCGACGCGCCUCCUGA